UCGAUGCCCGUUUCAAUACGACUCGCACCUAAAAAAGGGUCCAGACCCGGCUUGUAACGAGCGUCCGGAUUGGAACAAUUUCCCGACCAAUCAGCGGAGGUUUUACAUUUUAGGAUACAGUGUCAGACAUUUAUAUUUGUGGUAACUCAGGAAAUAUCGUCCAGAUCGCCUUUCGAACGAAGGCACUAGGGCUGCUUCACGUGUCUCGAUAGCCCCUACAAAGUCCGUACACCAUGCCUAAAGUACAAAAACAAGAGGGGGAGGAUCCCGAUCCAACUCCAUAUUUAUUCGUUUCACUUGAGCAAAAACGUAUCGAUCAAACGAAGCCCUAUGAUGCCAAAAAAGCUUGCUGGGUACCGGACGAAAAAGAAGGUUUUCUACUUGGUGAAAUUAAGGGAACCAAAGGUGAUCUCGUCACCGUUGGUCUUCCAGGAGGAGAGGAAAAGAGCUUCAAAAAGGAUCAAGUUACCCAGGUCAAUCCUCCAAAAUACGAAAAAUGUGAGGAUAUGUCAAACUUGACGUAUCUCAACGAUGCCUCAGUAUUGCAUAACUUAAAACAACGUUAUUAUGCUCAACUUAUUUAUACUUACUCAGGUUUGUUCUGUGUUGCUAUUAACCCUUACAAACGUUUUCCCGUAUAUACCAACCGUUGUGCCAAGUUGUACCGUGGUAAGAGGCGUAAUGAAGUACCACCACAUAUUUUCGCCAUUUCCGACGGUGCCUACGUCAACAUGUUGACCAAUCACGAAAAUCAAUCUAUGUUGAUUACUGGUGAAUCUGGUGCCGGUAAGACUGAAAACACGAAGAAGGUAAUUGCGUACUUCGCUACCGUUGGUGCGUCAACCAAAAAAGAAACUGACAGCAGUAAGGGAAGCUUGGAAGAUCAAGUCGUACAAACUAACCCUGUUCUUGAAGCCUUCGGUAACGCCAAAACAGUGCGUAACGAUAACUCUUCUCGUUUCGGUAAAUUUAUCCGUAUUCACUUCGGUCCAACUGGUAAACUUGCCGGUGCUGAUAUUGAAACUUAUCUAUUGGAAAAAGCUCGUGUAAUCUCUCAACAGCCUUUGGAGAGAUCCUACCACAUUUUCUACCAAAUUAUGUCUGGAUCCGUUAAAGGCGUCAAAGAGGCCUGUCUACUAUCUAAUGAUAUUCAUGAUUAUAACAACGUCGCACAAGGAAAAAUAACAAUUCCAAAUGUGGAUGAUGCCGAAGAAUUUUCUUUAACGGACGAAGCUUUCGACAUUCUUGGUUUCUCUCAAGAAGAAAAAACCAACGUCUACAAAAUCACCGCUGCCGUUAUGCACAUGGGUUGUAUGAAAUUCAAACAAAGAGGUCGUGAAGAACAAGCUGAACCAGACGGUACCGAGGAGGGUGAGCGUGUAGGUAAACUAUUGGGUGUUGAGGCCGCUGCCUUAUACCAGGCCUUCGUCAAACCAAGAAUUAAGGUCGGUAAUGAAUUCGUCACCCAAGGUCGUAAUGUCAGUCAAGUAUCGUACUCCGUUGGUGCCAUGUCAAAGGCCAUGUUUGACAGGUUGUUCAAAUUUUUGGUCAAAAAAUGUAACGAAACUUUGGACACCAAACAGAAACGACAACACUUCAUUGGUGUACUGGAUAUUGCUGGUUUUGAAAUUUUCGACUAUAACGGCUUUGAACAGCUCUGCAUUAACUUUACUAACGAAAAGCUACAACAAUUCUUCAAUCAUCACAUGUUUGUCUUGGAACAAGAAGAAUAUACCAGGGAAGGUAUCACUUGGCAAUUCAUCGAUUUCGGAAUGGACUUGGCUGCUUGUAUUGAACUUAUUGAAAAGCCUAUGGGUAUCUUGUCCAUCCUUGAAGAAGAAUCUAUGUUCCCCAAAGCUACUGAUAAGACCUUUGAAGAAAAAUUGAACACCAACCAUUUGGGUAAAUCGCCUAACUUCCAGAAACCUAAACCACCAAAGCCUGGUCAACAAGCUGCUCAUUUCACCUUGGGACAUUAUGCUGGUAAUGUACCAUACAACAUCACCGGUUGGUUAGAAAAGAACAAGGAUCCCUUGAAUGACACCGUUGUUGAUUUAUUCAAAAAGGGUAGCAACAACUUGGUAGUUGAAAUCUUCGCCGACCAUCCUGGACAAUCUGGUGGUGCUGCCGAAAAAGGUCGUGGUAAGAAAGGUGGUGGUUUCGCCACAGUAUCAUCCGCCUACAGGGAACAAUUGAACAAUUUGAUGACAACUUUGAGAUCAACUCAACCUCACUUCGUACGUUGUAUCAUUCCCAACGAAAUGAAACAACCAGGAGUCAUUGAUUCUCACUUGGUAAUGCACCAAUUGACAUGUAACGGUGUACUUGAAGGUAUCCGUAUUUGUCGUAAAGGUUUCCCCAACAGAAUGGUUUACCCAGAUUUCAAACUUCGAUAUAUGAUUUUGGCCCCCGCUACCAUGGCCAAAGAGUCUGAUGCAAAAGAAGCUGCCAGGAAGUGUUUGGAAGAAGUUGGUUUAGAUCCCGAGAGUUAUCGUGUCGGACAUACAAAGGUAUUUUUCCGUGCUGGAGUAUUGGGUCAAAUGGAAGAACUUCGUGACGACCGUCUUGGAAAGAUCGUUACCUGGAUGCAAUCUUGGGUACGUGGUUAUCUCUCAAGGAAAGAAUUCAAGAAGUUGCAAGAACAACGUUUGGCUUUACAAGUAUGUCAACGCAACUUGCGCAAAUACCUCAAAUUACGUACUUGGCCAUGGUACAAAUUGUGGCAGAAGGUCAGACCUCUUCUCAACGUCACUCGCAUAGAAGAUGAAAUUGCUAAACUUGAAGAGAAAGCCCAAAAGGCACAAGAAGCAUUCGAACGUGAAGAGAAAGCCAAAAAAGAACUAGAAGCUCUCUACGCCAAACUUUUGGCCGAGAAGACUGAAUUAUUGGCCACUUUGGAAGGUGAAAAGGGAUCCCUUUCCGAAACCCAAGAAAGGGCCAACAAAUUACAAGCACAAAAGAACGAUCUCGAAUCUCAAUUAUCUGAAACUCAAGAUAGAUUGAGCCAAGAAGAAGACGCUCGCAACCAAUUGAACCAACAAAAGAAGAAACUUGAACAAGAAGUCGCCGGUUACAAAAAGGAUAUUGAAGAUUUAGAACUCAAUCUCCAAAAAUCUGAACAAGACAAAGCCACUAAAGACCAUCAAAUCAGGAAUUUGAACGAUGAAAUCGCCCACCAAGACGAACUCAUUAACAAAUUAAACAAAGAAAAGAAACUUUCCGGUGAAAAUAACCAAAAGAUUUCCGAAGAACUUCAAGCCGCCGAAGAUAAAGUUAACCAUCUCAACAAAGUUAAAGCUAAAUUGGAACAAACAUUGGACGAACUGGAAGAUUCUUUGGAACGUGAAAAGAAACUUCGUGGUGACGUAGAAAAAGCCAAACGUAAGGUUGAAGGUGAUUUGAAACUUACUCAAGAGGCCGUAGCUGACUUGGAACGCAACAAAAAAGAACUCGAACAAACCAUCCAACGCAAAGACAAGGAAAUCUCAUCUCUCACUGCCAAACUCGAAGACGAACAAUCAGUUGUCGGUAAAAAUCAAAAACAAAUCAAGGAAUUGCAAGCUCGUAUCGAAGAACUCGAAGAAGAAGUCGAAGCCGAACGUCAAGCCCGUGCUAAAGCUGAAAAGCAACGCGCUGAUUUGGCCCGCGAAUUGGAAGAGCUCGGUGAACGUCUCGAAGAAGCCGGCGGUGCUACUUCAGCCCAAAUCGAACUCAACAAAAAACGUGAAGCCGAACUCGCCAAACUACGUCGUGACCUCGAAGAAGCCAACAUUCAACAUGAAGGAACUCUUGCUAAUCUCCGCAAAAAGCACAACGACGCCGUUUCUGAAAUGGGUGAACAAAUUGACCAACUCAACAAACUUAAAGCUAAGGCCGAAAGAGACCGUGCUAAUAUUUAUUCUGAACUUCAACAAACCCGUGGUGCCGUUGAACAAGUUGGAAGGGAGAAGGCCGCUAUUGAAAAAGUAUCCAAACAAUUAGGACAACAACUCAACGAUGUACAAGGUAAACUAGAUGAAACCAACCGCACUCUCAACGACUUCGAUGCCGCUAAAAAGAAGUUAUCUAUCGAAAACUCUGACCUCCUUAGACAAUUGGAAGAAGCCGAAUCUCAAGUAUCUCAGCUUAGCAAAAUCAAAGUAUCUCUUACUACUCAAUUAGAAGAUACCAAGAGGCUAGCCGACGAAGAAAGUAGAGAACGUGCUACCCUCCUUGGUAAAUUCCGCAAUCUUGAACACGACUUGGACAACAUCCGUGAACAAGUUGAAGAAGAAGCUGAAGCUAAAGCUGACAUUCAAAGACAACUUAGCAAAGCUAAUGCCGAAUCACAACUCUGGCGCCAGAAAUACGAAUCUGAAGGUGUUGCCCGUUCGGAAGAACUCGAAGAAGCUAAGAGGAAAUUACAAGCUCGUCUUGCUGAAGCGGAAGAAACCAUCGAAUCUCUUAACCAGAAGGUUGUAGCUCUUGAAAAAACUAAACAACGUUUAGCUACUGAAGUCGAAGAUUUACAACUCGAAGUCGACCGUGCCAACGCUAUUGCCAAUGCUGCCGAAAAGAAACAGAAAGCAUUCGACAAGAUCAUUGGAGAAUGGAAACUCAAAGUCGACGAUUUGGCCGCCGAACUUGACGCAAGUCAAAAGGAAUGCAGAAACUACUCUACUGAAUUGUUCAGACUCAAAGGUGCUUAUGAAGAAGGACAAGAACAACUUGAAGCUGUCCGCCGCGAAAACAAGAACCUCGCUGAUGAAGUUAAAGACCUCCUCGACCAAAUUGGAGAAGGUGGACGUAACAUUCAUGAAAUCGAAAAAGCCAGAAAACGUUUGGAAGCCGAAAAAGAUGAACUCCAAGCCGCUCUUGAAGAAGCUGAAGCUGCUCUUGAACAAGAAGAAAACAAAGUACUCCGUAGUCAACUCGAACUUUCUCAAGUACGUCAAGAAAUCGACAGACGUAUCCAAGAGAAAGAAGAAGAAUUCGAAAACACCCGUAAGAAUCACCAACGUGCUCUCGACUCUAUGCAAGCCUCUCUUGAAGCUGAAGCCAAGGGCAAAGCUGAGGCUCUCCGUAUGAAGAAGAAGUUGGAAGCUGACAUCAACGAAUUGGAAAUUGCUUUGGACCACGCUAACAAGGCUAACGCUGAAGCCCAAAAGACAAUUAAACGCUACCAACAACAACUUAAGGACACCCAAACUGCCCUUGAAGAAGAACAAAGAGCUCGCGAUGAAGCCCGUGAACAACUUGGAAUCUCAGAACGUCGUGCUAACGCUCUUCAAAACGAACUUGAAGAAUCUCGCACUCUCCUUGAACAGGCCGAUCGCGCUCGUCGUCAAGCCGAACAAGAAUUGGGAGAUGCUCAUGAGCAAUUGAACGAACUUGGAGCCCAAAACGCCUCUUUGUCUGCUGCCAAGAGGAAAUUAGAAACCGAAUUACAAACUCUCCACUCUGAUCUUGAUGAACUUCUUAACGAAGCAAAGAACUCCGAAGAAAAAGCUAAAAAAGCUAUGGUUGACGCUGCUCGCCUUGCCGAUGAGCUCCGUGCUGAACAAGACCACGCUCAAACACAAGAAAAACUUCGCAAAGCUCUUGAAGCUCAAAUCAAGGAUCUUCAAGUACGUUUGGAUGAAGCCGAAGCUAACGCACUUAAGGGUGGCAAGAAAGCUAUCGCUAAAUUAGAACAACGUGUUAGAGAAUUAGAAAAUGAAUUAGACGGAGAACAAAGGCGGCACGCAGAUGCUCAAAAGAACUUGAGGAAAUCAGAACGUCGUAUCAAGGAGCUAAGCUUCCAAGCUGAAGAAGAUCGCAAGAAUCACGAAAGAAUGCAAGACCUUGUAGACAAGCUACAACAAAAGAUCAAGACAUACAAGAGACAGAUCGAAGAAGCCGAAGAAAUUGCUGCCUUAAACUUGGCCAAAUUCCGUAAGGCUCAACAAGAACUUGAAGAAGCCGAAGAAAGAGCCGACCUCGCAGAACAAGCUAUUGCCAAAUUCCGUGCCAAGGGACGUUCCGGAUCAGCAGCUAGAGGAGCAAGCCCAGCGCCGCCGAAACAAUCUGUGGCACAACGUUUACCGAUUUCAUUGGAAUAACGACAAAGUUCAAUACCAAGACAGCGCCCCACCUUAGGAAUGGGAGACCAGCUCGGCGGUCCAUUCCCACCAAGGUUCGACCUAGCUGAUUUCGAGUGAACAAGCGCUGUGUUAGAAUCUUUAUAAAAUAAACGAACUGUUUACAUCGCAGUAUAACCAACAUUACGCGAAUUUACUUUUAUUAAUUUUUUAUUUUCAUUUUUGAAUAUUAGAGUUGUAUGAUUCCGUAUAUGUACGAGAAAAUGGAGAACGAAGGGAUUUUCAGAGACACGUAUUCACCAACUAUAGCCCUUUGAUCUCUCGAUUUCUCAAAAUGCCAAUUAUUUUGUUAUGAAAACAUGUAGAUUGUAAAAUGAUAUUGUAUGUAUGAAAUGUUGUAUGAUAUAAGGCACCAAUAAACAUAAAAGUUA